GAUCUGGAGACUGACGUUUCCAUUGGGAGUCCGCGCGGCAGGCACGCACGUGCCGCUCCUGCUCCUGGGCGCGCGUCCAGACCCUUGUAUCCCCACCCGGGCUUCUGGGGCUGUCAGGACCGGGUACAGAUACUUGCCAGCCGCUGUACCUACCAAGCACCGGCCCAGCAGUUAGGUGAGCCACCUGCUGCUCCUUAAGGGACCUCAUGGAGUUUACUACCAAAGCCCUCAUCAAUAGUCCUCGAUUUAUAAGAAAUCCUACUCACCUAAUGGACUAUGACACACUCCCAGAGUAAUACUGAUUCAUUGACACGGUGACUAAAGAGUGCUGAGGACUUACUUUACAACAACACUGCAAGGCACGCACUUCUGAGGAGGCUAUUGAGAAGCAAGUGGGCAAGACGACUUCUAUGGAUGUCAGCUUUCCCAGCUACCCCAGUGUUUUUUCAAAAUGAAUGAAGAGGCAAUGGCAGCAGGAAUUGGAUGAUACAUUGCUUCUGCCAACACCAUCAUUGUUGGACAUCCUGAAUAUCUUGUUCACCAUCAUGUUAUACCUCACUAAGGAACCCAUUUUGCAGAAAAAGAAGGCAGACACUGACUACCAUGGGAUCAAUGGUUUUAUUAUGAUCAUCACCACCAAAAAGCAGCUGGCCUUAGAAGACUGUGGGAUGGAGUACUGAAGACUCAGUUACAGCCCCAGGAUGGUCCGUAGUAUGGAACCACUGGCAAAGAAGAUCUUUAAAGGAGUUUUAGUUGCUGAAUUUGUGGGCGUAUUUGGAGCAUAUUGUUUGUUUAAUAAAAUGAACACAAGCCAAGAUUUCAGGCAAACAAUGAGCAAGAAAUUUCCCUUUAUCUUGGAAGCUUAUUACAAAUCUGUUGAAUAUUCUGGAAUGUAUGGAAUCAGAGUGCAAGAUCAAGAAAAAUGGCUGAACAGCAAGUGAGGAAUUUGGCCACUGAUCAAGGUUUACCCUAUGUCAUAGUAUCAGGCAAGAUUAAAAUUCCAAAGUUGACAUGGAUGGUUUUGGAAUAUUUAUGGUAAAAUGUACAUGCUAAUUAAGCCAGAGGUUUUGUUCUUUGGAAGAAAAUGAAGGAAAUGAAGAAAGAUAUGUUUAAUAUUAAAAUAAAGUUUUGUUUAACUACUCAAAGUGGUUGUCCUUAAAAAAAAAAAAAAGCCUCACCUAUAAUUCUGAAUAUAUAAAUUUUUCAAAAUAGGUUAAUAGUAAAACUUCUUUUUUAAAUAUUUUGUUUCAAUUCACCCAUUGAAAAUCCCAUCAUGUAAAGGUAUAUGAACUAGAAAUACUGAUUUUAUCCAUUUCCUCAAACAAUAUUAUCCAAACUCUUUGCAUCUUUGACAUCAAUGUCUCUGGCACUACUAGAGCCACUUAGAAACCAGCUUUACUAAGGAAUAAAAUUUGUCAUAAAAUUCAGCUUUUUUUCAGUGUACAAUCAGCAUGUUUUAGUAAAUUUAUGGAGUUGUUCAACUGUGAUCACAAUACAAUUUUUAGAACACUUCCGUCAAUUCCACAACUGGUGUCCAUUUGUAGUCACGUGCAUCCUGCCAAGGCUUUGCCUUUUCUGGUUAUUUUAUAUUAAUGGAAUCACAUGAUAGGUGGUUUUCUGUAUCUGGCUUUCAUUAAGCAUAACAUUUUUGAGGCUCAUUGCAUUACAUCAUGUGUCAGCACUUCACUUUAUUUCUGAAUAACAUUCCAUUAUAUGGGUAUACCAUAUUUUGCUUAUCCAUUAUUAGUCAGUCUGGAUAUUUUGGAUUUUCCCACUUUUUGGCUAUGAUGAAUAAUGCUGCUAUGAACAAUUGUGUACAAGUCUUUGCAUAAAUAUACCAGAGCCACUUUUGAUAAAAUAGUUUCUAGAGCAUAUCAAGGUGAGAUGCAUAUUAUAUUAUUUAAGAAGUGUGCAUGACGCUACUAUUGAAUAUUUUAAGCUAAAAUGCCUGUUUGUGUAGCAUUAGGGCAGGUGUUUUUGGUUUUCAUUUAUCCUAUAUGUCUUUAUAACUUCAAUUAGUAAGUACUUCUGUUGUACAGCCUAAGUUUCCUUAAAAUUUUUUUAUCCUUAAGGAUAUCCAACAUUUGCAAAUGUAGGGUGAAACCCCUCAACAUCAAUCAAUAAAUUGGUUUGAAAUUCCUUUGCCUCCUUUUAUCUUAACCAAUUCUGUCAGGCACCCUUUAAUCUGCAUCCAAAACUAUUAUUGAGAUGUGAGAUCCUUUCAGGCUAUUGUCUUCCGAAAUGUGCUUUAUUAAUCAAAGUAAGGUUUCUAAGAAUAUCUUUUAAUAUGACAGAUUCCGCAGGAUUUGACAUAAAGUAACAUUUCUUUCUGAGCGAUGAUUCUGAGGAAAACUUUGCCUCAUAUUUGAGCAUAUGCUAACUGUGACCUUACAUUACUCAAUGGAAGACAAAAUUUGGAAGAUAACAUGUUAAUUUAAAUAUGUACCAGGUAAAUCAAUCUAAUUAAGAGGACUUAGGUUAGCAGUAUUUGGAAGAGCUGAUAAAAAUUUUGUAGG